UUAGCGAGAACACAUUGUUUUGAACGCUCGAGUCUCUGCUGACAACUUCAGUCCCACGUCACCAGCUGGCAUGUUGGUGGCGGUGUUUUGCUGAAAGUCGGAAACAGGCGUGAUUAAAUUUGUUUACGCCAUCAAUACUAAUUUUUACAAUGGUACUCAUAGCAGCAGCAGUUUGCACAAAAGCGGGGAAGACUCUGGUAUCCCGGCAGUUUGUGGAAAUGACUAAAGCACGUAUUGAAGGCCUAUUAUCAGCAUUUCCGAAGUUGAUGUCAACAGGCAAGCAACACACCUUUGUUGAAACUGAGUCAGUACGAUAUGUGUACCAACCCUUGGAAAAGCUCUACAUGCUACUCAUUACCACAAAAGCCAGUAACAUCCUGGAAGACCUUGAGACACUUCGUCUAUUCUCCAGAGUGAUCCCAGAGUACUGCCGAAGCAUGGAUGAAGCGGAAAUUGCUGAUAAUGCAUUUAAUCUCAUUUUUGCAUUUGAUGAAAUUGUAGCUUUGGGCUACCGGGAAAGUGUGAACCUAGCACAAAUUCGCACCUUUGUGGAAAUGGACUCCCAUGAAGAAAAGGUUUACCAAGCUGUGAGACAGACUCAAGAAAGAGAAGCGAAGAAUAAGAUGAGAGAAAAGGCGAAAGAAUUGCAACGACAGAGGAUGGAGGCCUCCAAAAAAGGCAUAAAGAGUCCAGGGUAUGGGGGAGGUGGCUUUGGGAGUGGUGCAGGAUUCACACCUUCACCAAUUGUUGGUGAUUCAGCAAAUUUGUCACCUGAAAUUAGCAAACCCAGCUUCACUGCCAUUCAAAAGCCAACAGUUCCAGCAAAGGCAAUGAAAUUGGGCAGUAAAUCAAGGGAUGUGGAAUCGUUUGUGGAUCAGCUAAAAUCAGAGGGGGAGAAGGUUGUCUCACCAACUAUCAACAAGUCUGUUGCCAACACAAAACUACCACAUGCCUCCACCGAGCCAACAGAAGACGUACAUAUGCGACAGGAGGAACGACUAUUGUUGAGGGUAGGACGUGAUGGUGGUCUGCAAAGUUUUGAGCUUCAUGGCCUGAUAACCCUGCGCAUUGUAGAUGAAAAAUAUGGACGCAUAAGAGUUCAAUUAGAAAACAACGAUACACAUGGCAUCCAGUUACAGGUAAGAAAUUUUCCUUUAUUACCUCAUCCCAAUUUGGACAAAGAGUUGUUCAAGAACAAGUGUCAGAUUGGCCUAAAGAAUCCCUCUAAGCCUUUUCCUUUGCAUACGGAUGUUGGUGUUCUCAAAUGGAGAUUCCAGUCUCAGGAAGAAAGCAACAUACCACUCUCCAUUAACUGUUGGCCAUCUGAAAAUGGACAAGGGGGUUGUGAUGUGAAUAUUGAGUAUGAACUAGAAUCAGAAGACAAGGAGUUGAAUGACGUCUGCAUAACCAUUCCAUUACCGAUUGGGUGUACCCCGGUGGUUAACGAGUGUGAUGGUGAAUACACUCACGAUCCUCGAAAGAAUGUGCUGUUGUGGACUCUUCCCAUAAUAGACUCGUCAAAUAAAUCCGGUUUCCUUGAGUUUAGUGCUACUGCUACACCUGGAGAUUUCUUUCCCUUAUCCAUAAAUUUUGUGUCAAAACGUCCAUAUGCUGAUAUCAAGAUAACUGAAGUCCACUUGGUCGAUGAUAACUCACCAGUGAAAUUCUCAACAGAAACAGUGUUUUUCACAGAAAAGUAUGAGAUAGUCUAGCAUCUUAAGAAAUGAUUCAUUUGUCAGAGAUGCUGAGUGUAAUAAAAGUAAUUGUAAAAUGCAGAGAUGUGAACACAUUGUGAUCUAAAGGUUUUGUUCUUGCAACAGGUAUUAUUGAAGAUUCAGUAUGUCUUCAGACUACCACACAAAUUUCUGUACAAAACAUAUGACUGACAGAAAUUUAUGCAAUAUGUUAUUUAAUUUUUAACUGAAUGUUUGAGAAGCAUGUUGUGAAGUGUUUUCUGAAUUGUGUGUAUUAUUGCAGGCAAAAGAUAAUUUAAAACUAUUAGAUCAUGUGAUUUUCAGUUAGCACCACAAAACUUUAUGAAAGAAACAUAGUUAAGUGAAUAUCAUACUGUAAGUAUUCUGCAGAGUCUCCUUUUAAGUUGAGAAAAAUAAAGAUGCCCAUAUUUUCAUUGUCA